AUGACCUGGUGGGAAGCCCUGUUUGGCCGAACUGUAACGCCUGCAGAACGUUUGCGACAACACCUUCGCUCCCUGCAGCGUGCACAGCGCGAGUUGGAACGCGAGCGUACGAAGCUCGAAGCACAGGAGAAAAAGCUCACAGCAGAUAUUAGGCGGAACGCGCGGCAGGGACAGAUGGCUGCCUGUAAAGUCAUGGCGCGCGAUCUCGUUCGAACACGACGAAGCAUACACAAAUUUUAUCAGAUGAGCACCCAGCUUCAGGCAGUGGGCUUGCGUAUGCAGACACUGCGGAGUACACAGCAAAUGGCGGAGACCAUGCGCGGCGCGUCCCGGGCACUCGGAACCAUGAACAAGUCCAUGAACAUUGUGGCCGUCCAGAAAAUACUGCAAGAGUUUGAACGCGAGUCUGGUGCCAUGGAUAUGAAGGAUGAGAUUAUGAAUGAUACCGUCGAAGAUGCGAUCGGCAUAGACGAGGAUCCUAUGAGCGAGGGCGUAGGCGAGGACAGCGAGAGUGAUGCCAUCCUGCGCGAAGUCUUUGACGAAAUUGGUCUAGAUAUGCAUCAGCAGCUACAACAAGUGCCUGAAAGCACCCUUACCAUGAGCACCAAAACGUCCGCGCCUGAUCGUGUUGCUAUUGGAGAAGGCAGUCCGCCAGCGAACGAAGACAUGGUUUUGCAAGAGCGACUCGAUAGACUUCGUAAGGCAACCUGA